CUCCGGCCCCCUCCCCAGUCGAAAGAAAGCAGAGCAAGCCGCGCCGCCGCCGCCGCCAAUGCGCCAGGCUAGCGGCGCAGGAGGAGAUGACGCAAAGGGCCGUGCGCUCUCCACCAAAAAAGUGCUUCUCCCGGACGAAGAUGGCGGCAACUUAGCGCAGGGCCCCAAGAUGAGGGUGGCCCCCGGGCGGCAGGAGGCAACCAAAUCCGUGCCGCGAGCCGGGAGGGAUCGUGCCCGGCGGGAGCUUCAGCGAGAGCCACAGCAACCGCACCGCAGUGGCACCAACACUCCUAGCAGCCGCUGCAGCGGCGGCGGCGGCAGCAGCAACAGCAGCGAAAGCAGAGCCAGCCGCAGCGGGAGCCACAGCAGCAGAAGCCGCCACCUCCGAAGCGGCAGGAACUGCAGCAGCCUCAGCCCCGGCGCUCUGGAAUCUCCCCAGCAGCCCCGGAAACCUGUCGAGCCGCAGCCACCCCAGCGCCAGGAGCUCGUCUGGGGCUAGCGGGGGCGCAGUCCGCGGGGUUCCCCGGGUGGCUCUCCAGGGCGCCGGGGUGGGGGGUGGGGGCGGUGGAGCGCGGCAUGAGGCGACGGGCGGGAAGCGGGGGACUGGCGGUGUUGGCGCCAAAAUGGGGGCCUGUGCUCUGACCAUGCCCGGGUGACAGGAAAGGCGAGGGAGGCAGGGGACGGCUACCGGCCCGGCCCAGCCCAGCCCAGCGCGCAGGAGCACCAGCACCAUCGCCACCAUUCGCACCAACAACGCCGCCGCGGCCACCCCCACCCCCGUCGUCACCCUUCGCUGAGGGGGGAGCCUGGCGCCCCGCCGCCCAGUGUCCAUGCCCGUGGGGCCGUCGAGCCCGGCUGCGGAGCCCCCGUCGCCGUGGAGCCGGCCGGGGCUGCGCGCUCCCGAAAUAUGAGCAGCCGCCCCACGGGAGGAUCCGGCUCGGGCGUGUGCUUCGGCCCGCGGGACACCGACAAGCCCUUCGCCGACUCGGAGCGGGCACAGAAAUGGCGCCUGUCGUUGGCCUCCCUGCUCUUCUUCACCGUCCUGCUCUCCGACCACCUGUGGCUCUGCGUUGAGGCCAGGCAAGUCGCCGCCGGGCGCCAUCGGGACCGGGAGCGCCGCGCGGAGCCGGGCAUGGAGCACGACGUAGGGGGGACGGCCCCCAGCAGCAGCCCUGCCGCACCGGCCACCGGCCAGUGCUUCAGCUUGCUGGGCGACGCCGAGGCUGCCUGUCGCCGCUUACAACCGGGGGGCUCGGCCCAGGCGGAGCUCUACCUUCCCUUUUGUAAUUCCUAUACGCUGCGCGAGCUUUUCGCCGGGCUUUCUCGCCCGGACACGCUGAACUGCACUGUGGACCACGGCGAGGAUCACGAAGACGACGACUGGGGCGCUGGGGAAGGGGAUCGGCGCAGCAGGGAGGAGGAUUGGCUUCGCUCCUGCCGCCGCUGCGUUCUGGUUUACCAGAGGUACGACCGACAAGCUCAGGACCGCUACCGGGAGUUCGAGCUCGUGCUCCAGAAAUACCUGCAGGCGGAGGAAUACUCGGUGAAAUCCGGUCCGGAGGAUUGCAAGACCGUCUACAAAGCCUGGCUCUGUUCCCAGUAUUUUGAAGUCACACAGUCUCAUUGCAACAACACAAUUCCUUGCAAGCAAUACUGUUUGGAGGUUCAGACAAGGUGUCCAUUUAUAUUACCAGACAAUGAUGAUGUCAUCUAUGGAGGAUUAUCGAGUUUCAUCUGUACAGGGCUCUAUGACAAUUACCCAACCAAUGCAGAACCAGAAUGCUGUGAUGUCAGAUGGGGACUCUUAUCCGAUAACCAAUCCAAAGGGACUAUAAAAACAAGUGACUCAAUGAUGUGUCACCGGACAUCACUCACAGUUUCAUCAGCAUCAAGACUGUGUAACAGCAGACUCAAACUGUGUGUUCUUGUAUUAAUUCUCUUACAUACAGUACUCACUGUCUCAGCAGCACAGAAUUCAACAGAACUGAGCUUUGGAGGCAUAACAAAUUUUGAAGAUAAUUCCACCAAUGAGGAAUAAGAGACCUGAUCCAUCUCCUCCUACAGGCACAUAGCAGGCCCACCUGUACGACAGUCAGACCCAAAAGACUGGACCUUUUUACCCUCUGUUCACUCCUCCAAAAGCCUUCUGGGUAAAACUCAACUGACGGGCCACUAUCCAAACAAGGACACGUCCUAUACAGCUUUUUAUUGACUAAAAGGCUGUCUGGUGACUUAAAUUUCUCACACCAUUUUAUACACUGUGUUUUAAUGUUUGGGGUUUCUUUUUUUGGUUUGUUUUGCACUUGUUAAUACAGGAUUUUAUUUUUCAGACAGUUUCUCAGAGCUAAACUAAGUCUUAUCUAUUUCUAGUCAUUGUGUGUGUUCAUCAAAUAGUUUGGUCUUUUAUGUCUUGUCAGUUUCUAUUAGAAGAAAGAACUGCUGUGGUUCCAUGGCAAAAGAUUUUUUUAAAAACAAAACAGUGAAAACCAGCCCUCCCCUCCCAGCCCUCCUCUCCACAAAACCAGUUCUCUUUUUCCCAUUAUAUUUUCCCCUGCUUCAAUGCCCCAGAGCAAACCAUUUCUGCUUGCUUUCCUUUGGUGUAAUCACAAUGAAUGGGUGCGCGGUCCAACACACUCUGCCACUGUUAUGCAAGUCAUCUGACUGGAGAAACCCAAAGUAAGGGAGGGGCGAGGAGGAGAGCACAAUUAACAGGUACUCUCCUUGAAAGUGGGAUCUGACAGUGGAACCUUAAUAUAAAGAAAUCUAUAACAAACUGUUGCUCCAAGGCCCAUUUUCAAAAAGUCUAGUCCUUUCUCAUUGGUCAGUUGAACAGGAGUGGCCUGAUAGAGAACACCGUGUGUGAAACCAAGCCAAGAGCUCAGCGAAGUGAUGAGAAGGGAGACCAACACACUGGUGGUAAAAGUUUGGCAUUCAUUGUGAAUUACGGUUUUUAUUCCUCUGUUAUCACCUCUGUACCACAUGAUUAUACCAUCUAUAAAAGCCAAGAGGUUUACGGGAAAAAAGAGAAAAUUUUAUUUCUACCUGUUUGAUUCUGAGGAUAUCUAGAGAUAUCACAAAGGCGGUGAAGAACAUAGAUUUCCUAUCAAGUAUAGGUAAUAUGGUCAUUGCAUGUGAGUGUACAUACUCUGAACAUAAAUACUGGGGUACAUCUCUUCUGGGAUCACUUGCCCAACCAAGCAGAUGACCAUUUUAAAAUGAAUGCACCCUUGUGUGUUAUGCUCAUAUGGUUCCUACAGCCUGCGAAAUAGUUUCUGCUCCUCAUGGCUACAAUUAAAUCCUUGGAAAUAAGGUAGGGUGGGGAGGAGAUCAAAUGGAGUUAGUGAAGCUGGAAAAAUACAUUUUUUUCUUUUUUUAAGGAUAUUUUCAUGAGUGUGCAAUAACAUUUAGAUGCUGGGCUACAGUAUGAGUAGUCAAGUAUUGUGAGGGAUUAAUGGGAGAGGAUAAUCCAAUUGCCUUUUUCAUUGCUCUUUUUAUAGGACCAUAUCACCUGCUGAGUGGAUGGGAUCUUGCUUUUUAAAAUGGCUUUUUAGAGUUUACACUAGAAUAAAUGGAAGGAAAAGUUAAUAAGGGCUGUUUUUUUAAAAACAAAACAAAAAACAAACUUUUCAUUCCUUCCUGUUCUCUAACUACACUUGGAAAGUGCACUUUAGAGCUGUUUGCUGUGUAGCUGAGAGAUGAAGGAAAAAAGAUAGAAAAUAUUCUCUUACUUCUUGCAUAAAAACAAUAUUUCCUUGCCCAUUUCAAGAAAUGUUUCUGUUCCUCACUGCAUUGUUGAUAUGCAUUUUUAUUCAUGUUUUAUGAUUUGUGAAGUGCUGAAAAAAAGACAGCCUAGACAAACAAACAACCCUACUGCUUUAGCAGAUUAAACUAAUGCAUUUGUUAAAUUGUAUAAGCUGAACUAUUUUGCAAGACUUCUUGUUUUGAUAGUGUUUUGCUAUGACUGAGAAUGAGGAUCUUAAAAUGACCUGUGCAAAUACAAAACAAAACAAAACAGCACGUAAACGCAGAAUUCUUCAGCUUCAGUUUCUUUCCUUACGUUUUCCCUCCUUUCCACUGCGUGUGUACACUCACAGAUAUCUACAUGGCAUAAAGCACCAUGCAUUUUAGGGUGGGUUUUCCCCACUGGGAUGAGUACAUUUUCUGAUACAUAUUGUGAGAAUGCGCUGAAAAUAGGUAUGGUGUGAAAAUGGAAAGCUUUAUUUAAUGAUGGAAUGUAAAUUUCAAAGAAAAUCUGAUCUCUUCUUGCAAAAUUCACGCAACGAAAUCUGCACAGAGCCACAGCGCUGGGGGGUUUAAGCGAGAGUCAUGUGAGAAAACUCUUAGGAGAGCUCUUGUUCAACUGACCACUUUUUUUCCCUGAUCUUAACAUGUAAAAUGGUCAAUAAACAGUUUGUUAUAUACCUUGAUCUACCUCUGCUGUACAAAGGCCAUUCAGCAACAUCCAUUUCUGUGACAUUCAUGGCAUCAUUUUGUUUUUCCCAUGAAUUAAACAUUCAUAUUUUUUUCUUCCAUUUCCCCCCUACUAUCUCAACACAGUAGUGUGUUCUGUUCACAUCCCCCAGUUACAAUAACAUUAAAAAGAGAUGCUAAUUCUUCUCAGUGGGAUCCUGUUUUGCCUCAUAAUGAUCUACUGCAGGGAAUACCAGUAAAAAAUGUAUUCUCUUUGCCCCCAAUCCUUUUCAACUGAAUUUUUAGGGGGGGAGAAAUCAGCUCAUUUGAUUUUUGGCUUCAGGCAGGGAUGCAAGAGAAAAAGAACUCAUGAAAAAAAAAAACAGUGGCAACAUUAUUGAUUUGCUUUAAAAAAAACAACACCAAACUUUGAGUAAAAUGAAGUAGGAAGCACAAACCAUUUUACUUAAAAAUAUAAUAAAAUGUUUCCUUCCUUUCAAAAUAGCUGCCUGCAGUUACAUUUGUCUCUGUCACUAUCCCACACCCAAUCUAAUUCUUUUACUGAUUUUUCUUUUUUUUCCAAAAGGAAUACAGUAUAGUGUUCUUGGGAGACAGCUGCUGCGAUGUAUGUUAUUGUUUAGUCUGGGUAUGUUUACUCCAGCAGUGUGGUCUGUAUUCUUUCUUAGCAGCAGCUAAGAAACCAUGCCUAGAACAAAAGGACUUUUUUAAAUGAAGUUCAGAGAAACAUAAUCAUGUAUGAUGCAAAAGCUCAUCCCAUCCAUUUCUCAUCCGUAACCGUUUUCUUAGCACAAACCUGAGCAUGCUUGAUAUUGUGCAUCUAUUACUUUUGCCCAAAUAAAUUUGCAUCUUGCCACUGUAACUGCCAUCUUGUUCCAUUUCUCCUUGUACUGUAUGAGUUGACAUACAUGAUGAAGAAUUGGCUUCUAACAGACCAUAGUUCAAUAUUCUAGCCUAGUACAAUGAAGAAAGAGAAUGACAUCUAUUUAAAAUUGUGUGCAAAACACUUCCCCUCUUUCACAUGUUUCAUGAUUUGGUUUUCUGAAAUAAGGAAAAAUCCAGAGUUAUUGCAAUAUAUUAAUACUGCAAAGCCAAAAUGUCAUAGAUCAUAAUCAGAGUUACUUAUUGUUUCUUCCUUACUGCACUUGAGAAUUCACUAUACUGACUUUCUGUUCAUUAAAGAGAGAGAAUAUUCUUUUGGGUGUGGUGAGGUAAAUAGAGCUAUUGAAAGCUAUCCCUCAAUGCAGAAUUACUCAUUUUGUGGAAAAGUGUAUUAAAAUUUGGGUACAGCUGAAGAUCAAGUUCCAGUGAGUGGGUGAAAGAUUGAAUAAGGAUUGAAAUAUUUCAAAGAAUUAUUUUGUGUAAUUCUUUGAAAUACAGAAACAUUUAAAAGGUAACAGAAAUCAUAUAUGAGAUAUAGCAAGUUUAAUUGGACUAAAAUUGUGUGGUCUAGCCUGAAAUAGCUUUAUUAGAACAACAGAGAAUAAAAACAUUUCUUUAUUUUCCUCUGUUUUCUAAGGAAGAUCUCUAUUUCUUACUAAACCUAGUGAAAAGAGCUGAAAAGGUAGAAUUUCAAAGUAAAGUCUCUUUAACAUUUUGCAAAAUUAAUUUAACAGAAUUUAACUAAAUAACAGAGUUGGAAGGGAUGCUGGAGGUCUUUUAGUCUCCUAAUCACAUGAAUAGAUAAAAUAAACACCUUGAUCACAGAUGAUAAGACAAGAAUAAAUAUUAAAUAAACAAGAGAAGGUUGUAUGCCAGUUAGUAUAAUUCCAAGCUUCUACAAACAAAAUGAUCUAUUGGAAUGAAAAGUUAGAGGAACAAAACAUCCUUAGACAUCCUUAGUCAGAUUAAAAACUCUGAUUUAAGAGUCUCUUCCAUUAGGUUUUUUCAUGUUUGAUGAAAUUGUAACAGAAAUUAUUUAUAAGAGUGUAAUUUUAUUUUGAAUAUA